CUGUGGAGGGCAGAGGGAGAUGUUUCUCUUUGGUGCUUGGGUUGGUACUGAUGUGGACUCUGACCCAGGUAUGGACGGAGCCUGGGGUGGCCAGGUGCCAGGGGCAGGGUGGGGCCAUCCCGGCAGUUGCGGCUGAAGCCAUAAAGCCUGGGUGCCUGACAUCGUGCAGUUUGGUCUUGCGGCAGACGUGGGCACACACAGGUGCUAAAGGACAAGGUGAGUGCUUUGUCGUCACUUCGUGCCCCACAGCCUUUCUGGACUGUCUUAGGAGGCUGGGCACCUCCUGCCUGGCUCCCCACCCUGCUGUUUCUGGGACUCCCCAUCCCUCCUUGGUGUUCUUCUGCAGCUAUUUCCUUCCGGGCAGCAGCUGGCAGACACCCACUGGAGCUUCUGCGAUGGAGCUGGGGAACAUCUCACAGCCUGCAUAUGGCCCAGGGCCUGUGGCACCAGAAACCAGCACCCCACUCUUGGUGACGAUGGUACAUGGCUUCCUGCAGCUGGUGCAGCCCAACGACCUGCCCAUAGAACUGAUUGCAGAUUUUGGGCAGUACCAGAAUGAAGGAGACAGCAAGGAACCAGUCCAGGAGCUGCUGAUCUAUGAAUUGGGUUUCCUGGUGUGUGCGGCCAUAGGGCUGCUCUUCAUCAUCCUGGUGCCCCUGGUGGGAUGCUGCUUCUGCUGCUGCCGCCUCUGCGGGAACUGCGGGGGCCGCAUGUACCAGAAGCAAGGCCGACGGACGGGCUGCCGGCGCCGGGCGCUCUGGGUCUCGGCUCUGCUGGUUUCGGCUCUCCUCCUGGCUGGUGACGUCUGUGCCUUCAUCAGCAACACCCGCCUCUCUCAGGCUGUGAACGGCACCUUCCCCAACGUCAACAACACCCUGGACAACGUUCACACUUAUGUGGACUCCAUCUCCAAGCAAAUCGAUUUUAUCGUGGACCGCAGUGAUGUCCCGCUGAGCCAUGCCAAUCACAGCCUUCAGGAUAUUGGGCCCAACCUGGGUGGCAUGAUCAUCUCGGACAUCAGGAGCAGCAUGGAUGAGGCUCUGAGAUCGCUCCAGAGCCUCUUGCAGGGGAUGGAGGCGCUGGCAGCUGCCUUUGGCAGCGUCGCUGAGACGCGAUUACAUCUUGUGGAGCUGCAGAGCAACUACAGCCAGCAGCUGGCCAGCCUGCGGGGCAGCCUCAACCAGACCCUGCAGAGCUGCGGCCACCCCUGCGGCAGCGUGUCCCUGGACGGCCUCGCCUUCAGCACCAACUUCAGCACGAUCCCCAGUGUGGAGCAGCAGCUGGAGGCACUGAAUAAAGUGUUUGACUCCGACGUACCAGAUUUAGAGAAGGUUAACAGCACGCUGGCCACGAUCCCCGACAAGGUGCAAGAGCAGUGCCAGGACGUAGUGACAAAGACUCAGGACCAGCUGGGCCUCAUCAGGAAGGAGAUCAGGAGCUUGCAGGAGCAGUUGCCAUUCCCAGAAGUGGAGGAGAAUGUCAAGGCCUUUGUGGACAAUGCCAUGUUGGUGCUAGAGGAACACAGGGAGCCAGCCAUUGCCUUGGAUUGGCUCAGGUGGAGCGUGUGUACCCUCCUGUGCUGCAUGGUGCUGCUGGUGGUCGUCUGCAACCUCGCUGGGCUGCUGCUGGGGCCCUUGGGGCUGAAGGAGAAUGUGCUGCCUACACAGCGCAGCAGCCUCUCCAAUGCCGGCGGGAACUUCUUCAUGGCGGGGGUUGGCUUCAGCUUCAUCUUCUCCUGGCUGCUGAUGCUGCUGGUGUUGAUCACCUUCUUGCUGGGGGGGAACAUCUACAUGGUCAUCUGCAAGUCCUGGCAGAACCAGCAGCUCUUCCAGCUCCUAGAUAAUCCUGGACUGGUACCUGGAUUGAACCUGUCAGAGCUGCUGGGCCAGGAAGCUAGUACCACAAACUUCUCAGAGAUGUACAGAGACUGCCAGCAAGAUGCCACCCUGUGGCAAACACUGCACCUGGACAAAAGUGUGUCCCUGGAUGAACUCUUGGACAUCAGCCAGUACACUGAAGAGAUCUCCACAGCCUUUGACAAGAUGAACAUCACCUUGAGCCCCAUCUCCCUGCUCAGCCAAACCCAGAGAGACUUGCUGCAAAAUGCCAGCCGGGAUGCGCUACCCCCCAACUUUAACCUCAGCCUGGACCAGCUGCAUCAGAAUUUGACCAACGAAAGCCUCCUGGACUUGGCUGCAGAGCUGGAGCAGCUGGCAGAAAAACAGGGCACGGACAUCAAAGAGAGCCUGCAAGCUGAUGCUAGUGAGCUGAGGAAGGUGAAUGAGGAGCUGCAGACAAGCUUCUCUGGGAUGCUGAAACACAUGGAGAAAGACAUCUACUCAGUGCAGAGUGCGGCUGUCCAUCUCGAGGUACAGACGAAAGACACGCUGGACACAAUCAGUGAAACCAAUGAGUUCCUGGAUAGGGAGAUGGCAAUCAUCAUCAAGAAUGAGACAUUAGCUUUUGUGGAGCUGCUGCUGGACUUUUUCAAGACCUACAUCUCCUGGGCCAAGAGUGGGCUGACAAGAGAUGUGGCACGUUGCAAGCCUAUAGCUCAGACCCUGGAUAAUGUGGAGACUAUCACAUGUGACUACAUCCUGGACUCUCUGAAUGCCUUCUGGUUCAGCUUGGGCUGGUGCACCUUCUUCUUGCUGCCCAGCAUCAUCCUGACAGUCAGACUUGCCAAGUUUUACCGCCGCAUGCACAUCGCUGAUGUCUACAGGAAUGAAGCCUUGGAGAUGCCACCCACAUUCAACCUCUACCAACUCCCUCGGCCAUCUAUGAGGUAUUAGCUCCGACUGCCCACAGCACAGGCACGGAGGAGAUGGACAGGUCUGCUGUUUGCUGCACCUUCUCCCGGCACUGUGGAGCAAGAUGGGGACUCCUUGGAUGAAAUCCCUUCCUGAACUCCCAUUAUGUGACAAUGACCUGAUACGUGUGUGGGGGGGCUGCCCCUUGCACUGCUUCAGGUGGCACUCCAGGGUGCUGCCAGACCCUGCGGGCUCAGGGCAGCUUCUGCCAUCCAUGCCACCACAGCCUGUGCUGCUGGCCAGCAGGGACUUGCUCACCAAGGCCUCACUCAAAAAAUGUGACUAUUUAUUUUGUAGGGAGCCUGACUCUUUCCAAGGUUGUGAUUUUUGGUGUCAAGCAAUAAAUGGGGUGUUUGGGUGCA